GAAGUUUUCUUCAUUGAUCUCGCUGUUGCCUUUCUAAUUCAUUCCUGUUGCGCAUAUCUCUCCCCUCAUAUCAGCAUGUCUGAAGGCACAAUAUCAUUCAUCGUCGCAGGGUUGUCAGAUCCGUGUCAGACGUGGUACAAAGUUUUUGGCGAUUUGAACACAACUGUCCCACCGUUGAUUAUCCUCCAUGGAGGACCUGGUGCUUGUCACGACUAUCUACUCCCCUUGGCCGAUCUUGCAUCUCACAGGCCUAUCGUUUUCUAUGAUCAGCUUGGUAACGGACGAUCUACGCAUCUUACCAGCAAAGCCGGUGACGAGGAAUUUUGGUCUAUCAAACUCUUCAAGGAUGAACUAGACAACCUUCUCUCUCACCUCGGUCUUCGAGAGCGUCAAGUGGACGUGUACGGACAUUCCUGGGGCGGUAUGCUGGCAGUGGAAUGGGCAGCCACUCCCAGCGCAGCUAAUCUUCGGCGUUUAGUUCUUUCAAACAGCCUGGCCAGCAUGGACGCAUGGCGAAUUGGCAUCUCUGUAUUAAGAAAGCAACUUCCGCAAGAUGUGCAGCAAGUCUUAGACCAUGCAGACGAGACGCAGAUGUUUGAGACGCCAGAGUACGAGGCUGCCAUCGAGGUAUUCUACAAACGACAUCUUAGUCUAAGCAGACCAUGGCCAGCGAAGGAAGUCCAAGAAGCACUUGACUGGUUUGCGAAGGAUCCCACAACGUAUGGGACUAUGUACGGCCCAAGUGAGCUGUACAUCUCUGGGUCACUUCGAAACUGGACGAGCGUCCCAUUGCUGGAUAAAAUCAAGGUUCCCACUCUUUUGAUCAAUGGCGUGGAGGAUGAAGCUCAGGAUGUCGCGAUGCAGCCCUUCUUUGACCAUAUCAACCAAGUCAAAUGGGUUACACUCGACAACGCCGCACACUUCUCCCAUGUUGAUCAGCGGGAAAAGUAUAUGAGAUUGAUGAGAUCAUUCCUUGAUGGCUAGAGGUGGAAUUUUCAGAUGACCCUGGGGAAAUGGUUGGGAUGUACGGAAGUUGUGCCACUAAGAUACAUCAUGCAGUUCAAAACCCCUAC